UCAUAUCAGUGCACUUAAUAUUUGUUUCACUGCUAUGCCAGCAAUUACUGCGCAGGUUGUUUCUGUGUAGCGUGAAACGGUGACGUUAGCUUGACUUGCUAACAUUAGCAUGAGCGACUCGUAGGGGGUCCCUGCGAAAGUGUGACUCAGUACUUGGCAAUUGCCGAACUUUAAUUCUAAAUCGGAAAACUCUGGGGAAAUUUCAUACUCGGAAGAAUACGACCUCCAAGUCUGUGUGAGUGUUAUUCUGUGCCCUGGCGACCGGUUCAGGGUCGUUCGAAGUGAUGUGGGCGACCCCUAUGAGGAUAAGCGGCUUGGGAAAUGCGUGGAUAGGUAGCGAUGGGGGACAUCCGUCAGUCCUUGUUGCCUCGCGAUGUGCUGAGCGCCGCCAAGGAGCUGCUGUACCACUUGGACAUCUACAUCAGUAACCUGGUCCAAUCGGGGAGGCAACCGCCCCAGGUGGACACCAAAACCUUGGAGCUGGUCGAGGAGUUCAUCAUGCACGCACCCAAGGACAGAAGCGCAUUGACCAGGAGGAUGAGCGCACUUCAGGAGCUUCAACUUCUGGAGAUCAUGUGCAGCUGUUUCCAGGAGCAGAGCCGGGAUAGCGUUCGGCAGCUCAUGUUCUCCACCCUCUUCAGCCUCCAAGGGAACCAGGCGGACGAGAGUCGCAUGGCGCUGCUGGGCAAACUGGUUUCCAUGGCCGUUGCCGUCGGCAGAGCUCCCAUCUUGGAAUGUGCCGCCACCUGGCUGCAGAGGACCCACCGGGCGUACUGCGUGCGGCUGGCGCAGGUGCUGGUGGACGACUACUGCGGCAUGAUGCCAGGCUCGGUGCCCACCUUACAGAACAUUCACAGCGCCAGUCCGCGCUUCUGCUGCCAGUUCAUCACUGCUGUCACCACCCUCUACGACUUCUCCUCAGAGGAACUAAUCCCUCCCGCGGAGCUGCUCCAGAUGAUCGUGUCGUGGAUCGAAGACGACCCUCGCCUGGUCCUGGUCACCUUCCUGAACACGCCCCUUUCCGGCAGCCAGCCAAUCAGCUCGCUCGACGUCACACCUCUCGGGGGGCUGGCGCGCUGGUGCGUCAAAGCCCCGCUGGGCUACGGGAGGGACACGAAGCAGGCGCCCGCAAACGGCAGCCCGGAGGGCGAGCAGCAAGUGGCGGGUCUCUUCUCGGCGCUCCAUUUGAGUGUCCUGCAGGUCUUCAUGCUCCUACCGAACAUUCUGAACGAGAAAGGCAUUUUCGGUCGUCUGGCGCUGCUCCAGAUGGACUCUGUGGCCUCGCUGACCUCCGACCUGUCCCGGCAACUGGACCAGGCCGACAAGCACGCUCGCGCGUCGGCCGCCGACGCGCACGCGCUGACGCAGCUCGCUCUGGACAGGCUGGCUCAGGCCCUGCAGGUCGCCAUGGCCAAUGGAGCCUUGCUUUGUUCCAGAGAGGACCUGAGAGCCAUCUGUGCACGCCUCCCGCACAACAAUUUGCUCCAGCUGGUGCUGUCGGGUCCCGUGAUGUACUACAACAACAUCCACACGCCCCCCCCUCUGGCCUUCAGCCCGCACGCGUCCCACCCGCCCAUGGCCGCGCACCCCAUGCACGCGCCGCACACGCCGCUGGCCCCCCAUCCGUCGCCCCAUCCCGCCUCCCACCCUCAGUACUCGGCCCAGCCCUUCGUGACGGGGAUACCGUUUCCUUUCCGACCCGCCCACUGAAGACCACCCCCCCCCCCCCGACCCCAAAACGAAAGUCAUCUUCUGUGAGUUCCCUCAUUUUUGUCUAUACUUGUGCAUAAAACACGUGUUUGUGUGAAUGAUUGACUUCUUGUACAGUGUGUAAAGUAUUGUAGCAUUAAUUAGCACAUUGACUGUUGGUAGUCUUUGUGGCUAACGUGUUGCUCCAAUAAAUAUUUUUUUAAACUUUGAA